AGAAGGAAUUGCGGCAGCUACGGACCCCGAUGUACAGAGUCUAAGGCUAUUGCCGCUCCCGGAGUCCAUUGCGGCUGACAGUGACCACUACAUUUCCCAAGAGUUUCAGCAGCGACACCAGCCGGAAGCGGUGGGCGAAUUGCGUGUCCUUGCGCGGCGAGUGAAGUGAGAGACCGACCAUGGUGGCUCGAGUGUGGUCGUUAAUGAGGUUCCUCAUCAAGGGAAGUGUGGCUGGAGGAGCAGUCUACCUUGUUUAUGACCAGGAGCUGCUGGGGCCUAGUGACAAGAGCGAGGCUGUCCUGCGGAAGGCCGAGGAAAUUGUGCCACCAGCAAUGUACCAGUUCAGCCAAUAUGUGUGCCAGCAGACGGGUCUGGAGAUAUCACAGCUCCCAGCCCCUCCAAAGAUUAACUUUCCGAACUUCCGUGAUUCCUGGAACUCAGGCAUCAUCUCGGUCAUGGCAGCCUUGUCUGUGGCCCCCUCCAAGGCUCGAGAAUACUCCAGGGAGGGCUGGGAGUAUAUCAAAGAAUACACCAAGUAAUGGAUGCCACCUUGCCCCCCCCAGCAUUAUGGGGGUCAAGACCAAGAUGCCACAGACAUCCCAGCGGGGACCUCACUCUUUGCAAAGCUUCCAGCAUUGCUGGCCCAAUAAAGGACAUGGGAUGGUCUCCAA